UCGAACAUUUAUUUGCGUCCGGUAGCCUCAGGAGACAACAAGCUUUUAGCUUUGAGCUUUGCGGUGUCCUCGCAGUCUUUGUUCGACGAUGGUAGCCGGGAUCGCAGUGGCCUCGCUCGUCGCCUCUCCAUUCAUCGGCGUAGUGGUUAACAAGCUGGGCGCUGAGCUCUUCGAGGAAUGGGGGCUAUGCAGAAGCGUCCAAGCCGACGCGAGGAGGCUGCAGAGCGUGCUGGAGACAAUCCUGAACGUGCUCGACGACGCCGAGCAGCAACCCAUCACCAACAAAGCCUUGCGAGGCUGGCUGACCAAGCUCAAGGACGCCGCCCUCGAUGCCGAUGAUGUGGUGGACGACCUGCUGACCGAAGCGCUCCGGCGGAGGGCGCAAGACCGGAGUCGCAUCUGUCGAACGGUACGCGAUUUCCUUUCUUCUAAAAAUCCGAUGCUGCUUCGACACAAGAUGGUUCACAGGAUAAAGGAUGCAAGGGCGAGGUUGGAUGAAAUCGCAGAUGAGAGGAAUAGAUUCAACUUGAACGAGGGAUCUGUGUCUCACGGGGCAAAUGAAAGGGAAACUUGUUCUGCUGUUGUCGAAUCUGAGGUAUACGGAAGAGACAAUGAUAAAGAGAAGGUAAUAAACUUUCUGCUUGAAGUCGACAAUGAGAAGGACUUAUCGAUUCUUCCCAUAGUCGGACUAGGGGGAAUUGGAAAGACGACGCUUGCGCAGUUAGUGUACAAUGAUGAGAGGGUAAUGGCACAAUUUGAUGGUAGAUUUUGGGUUUAUGUAUCUGAAAAUUUUAGUAUCAUCGAAAUUAUAAGGUCUAUUGUCAGAUCUCCAAGAAAUUACAGUGAUUUGCAAGCCUUAAAGCUUCAACUUCAAGCAUUACUGAGUUGGAAGAGGUACUUACUUGUGCUAGAUGAUGUGUGGAAUGAGAACGAAAUGAUUUGGGAAGAUCUGAAGGUUUUGCUUAGAUGUGGUAAGCAAGGAAGCAAAAUAAUUACCACAACACGAAGUGAAACAGUUGCCAGAAUCAUGGGGACAGUCACGCUGCACAAAAUGCCAAUGUUAUCUUUUGAACAUUGCUGGCUCUUGUUCGAGCAGAGGGCAUUUAGGUUGGUUAGGGAAGAAGAGAAACCUAGAUUCGUGGAAAUAGGAAAGCAGAUCGUUGAAAAGUGUGGGGGAUUGCCUCUAGCAGCAAAGACUAUUGGAAGUCUGAUGGGAAGCAAGAAAAAGGAAGUCGACCAGUGGUUAGCUAUCAGUGAAAGUGAAUUGUGGAGAUUGCCCGAAGAUGAAAAUGGAGUAUUACCUGCUCUAAUGUUGAGUUACAAUCAUUUACCAUCUUAUUUGAAAUCAUGCUUCGCUUAUUGUUCAAUAUUUCCAAAAGACUAUGAAAUUGAGAGAAAGAAUUUAAUUCAAUUAUGGAAUGCUGAAUGAUUCAUUGAAAAAAAUGAUUGUUCGAUGCUUGCUGAAGCAGUUGGUAACCAAUACUUCAAUGAUUUGGUUUGGAGAUCCCUUUUUGAGGUGACAGAGAAGGAUGAGUACGACAACAUAGUUAAGUGUAAGAUGCAUGAUUUAGUGCAUGAUCUUGCAUGUAGUGUUACAAAAGUUGAGUCUUCAGUCAUUGAAGUGGGUAAGAAAAGUAUUGUCCCCAACAGUAGUCACUACUCAUUAUUAGUCUAUGAUUAUCGGAAGAAGCUACCAAUGGCUUCUGAGCUUACAUAUCAAAUGAAAAAAUUAAGAUCAUUCAUAUUAUUAAGAAAACAGUGGUUUGCUUAUGUAGAUGAUAAGAACUGUAUGGACUUUGUCUCAUAUAUGAUAUCAACUCAACCUAAUCUACGGGCACUAGGUCUUGGUGGGAGUAAAAUUCAAGUAUGGCCUGGUAGAAUAAGCAAAUUAAAACAUCUGAGGUACCUUGACCUGUCAAGUACCAGAAUUAAAAUAUUACCUAACCACAUUGUUAGGCUUUACAACUUGCAGACAUUGAACCUGCAAGAUUGCUACCAUCUUCAGAAGCUUCCUGCAAGCAUGAGGCACAUGAUUAACCUCCGACAUCUUGACAUCUCAGGAUGCAGCAGCUUGAUUCACAUGCCGCUUGGUAUGGGACAAUUGAGCAACCUGCAAACUCUGCCAAUGUUCAUUGUUGGCAUGGAGGAUGGGCGUAGGAUCAAUGAGCUUGACCAACUAAACUUGAUAAGAGGCCGGCUCAAGAUCAAGAAUCUCAAUAAUGUGAAUGAUCCAAUGGAAGCUCUGAAAGCAAACUUAUUCACAAAGACGAGCUUGCAAUCUUUGAAGUUGAGUUGGAUGGUAAAAUUUAAUGGGAGAGCGGCAUCCUUAUCGGCAGAUGAUGUACUUGAGAAACUUAAGCCUUGUUCUAAUCUAAGAGUGUUGACUAUGAAAACUUUUCCAGGAAUCAGCUUCCCAGGUUGGUUGACGAAUCACACAGAACCAUCGUCCUCCUUUUUUCCUUAUCUGGUGAAAAUCAAGUUGGAAGAUUUUGAAAAAUGUGAAUGCCUUCCACCACUUGGAUUAUUGCCAUCUCUUAAGGAACUAAGCUUGAUUAAGCUUACUGGUGUGAAGAGAAUUGGCAUUGAGUUGUACGGAAAUGGCGGCACAUUCCCCUCCUUAGUUCAACUUGAGAUAUCUGAUAUGCCAGAUAUGGAGAAAUGGUCUACAAGUCCAACAAAUGAAACAACUGAUGCGAGGAUGCUAUUUCCUUGUCUUAAAAUGUUGACUGCAAGGGGCUGCCCAAAGUUGGAAGUAGAACCAUGCUUUCCACCUUCAGUUGAGUCAUUAGUUAUUGAGGAUUGCGAGAAUCUAUUAUCAGCGAGGAGCCUACAGGGAUUGUCCAAGCUACGGUCAUUGGACUUUGGUGGUUACGUAGCAUCGCCAUCUGCAUUUGAUGGACUGCAAAACCUUACUGUUCUAGAGCUGUUAAGAAUUGGGAGUUGUGAUGGACUGACUUGUAUGCCAGAGAGUUUGAUGCAGCAUCACAUCCCAUCUUUUCAAUCACUUAAACUGAUAAAUAACAGUAACUUGAAAUCUCUUGGUGAAGGAAGGGAUCAGCAGCCUCCUUCUCUCUUCACCUCCCUCUGCCAUCUGGAAAUAGAGGCAAGCCAUAGUUUGACUGCUUUGCCAGAGUGGAUUCAGUACCUGCCGUUGCAGAAUCUCAAAAUCAGGGGAUGUUCCCAGUUAGAGGGCCGUUGUCAGAGAGAGACAGGCGAGGAUUGGCAUAAGAUUGCACAUAUUCCUUGCAUUACCAUCGAAUCAACAUGAAUGCUACGCAGAUAGUUCAGAGAUCAGCCUGUUAUCUACGAUGACCACCACCACCAAGUUUAGAGUUGUUACUGGAAAGCUGCAUCCUGUCCAGCUAGCUUUAGUAUGCUUCU